AUGCCCAGGUCAGCGAAGGAAGUACUCGAUUAUGUCGUGAACAUCUUCUUCACUGACAAUACAUGGCAUGAAACAGCCGCUAAACUCAAGGCCAAUCCCAUUUUCUUUGGAUCUGACUUUGAGCGACUUGCGCUUGGUGAAGACUGUCACGAGCUUCAUCUCGCAGCUGCAUCCAUGGACUGGACCGGAGAUAUCCAAUACGAAGCCAGGCUGGUCGACUCGCUGAGAUGGCCGCGGUUCAACAGCUCUGGGGGCCUCUUGCGCCAUCAGGGCCCGGGUCCGCGGUUUACGUUGAACAUUCAAGAGGAUAGGGAUGGUAUGGACGACCAUACCAGAGUUCGAGCUUAUGGUAGCCUGUUCGGCCAGAAGAGUGACGAGUUGACAACUUGCGUACUGUAUUAUAAUAAGGGCCAGGGGUUUCUGGAGUAUUUCUACAUUCCGCGCCACCAGCUGCCUUGGAAGAAACGAUACAUGAUACCUCUGCAAUAUUGUUUCUUGCCGAAUAGCACGAAGCCCCUCGAAUGGGUUGUGGCUGAAGAUGUGAACAUAAAAUAG